CCCCUUUCCUUCUAUUUUUCCCUAUAAAGGGAAUAUUUAACCCUUCCCUUGCUUUUUUUUCCCUAUAAAGGGAAUAUUUAACCCCUUUUCCUUCUCUUUUUCCCGAUAAAGGGAAUAUUUAACCCUUCCCUUAUCCUCUUAUUCCCUAUAAAGGGAAUAUUUAACCCUUCCCUUAUCCUCUUAUUCCCUAUAAAGGGAAUAUUUAACCCUUCCCUUAUCCUCUUAUUCCCUAUAAAGGGAAUAUUUAACCCUUACCUUACUUCCUAUUCCCUAUAAAGGGAAUAUUUAACCCUUCCCUUAUCCUUCCUAUUCCCUAUAAAGGGAAUAUUGGUAGCAAAGUUGACAUUUAGCCAGUUGAUGAGGUAGGGGGUCGUUAUUUUUGAUUUUUUUCGGCGCCAAAUUGCAGAAAUCUGGCUUUUUAAAAAAUUUGGUUGGCGUCAGAAAAUUCAUUUGGCUUUUUUACGUGUAAAAAUUAUCUGCUCGAAAAUUACAUAUCAUCCUUUUUUUAAACCGUUUCCCUUUACGAGAAGUCUUUGUGGUCAGUUACAUUUCGCAAUAUUUCUGCAGCCAAGAGUCUGGGCAGGAAGAUAGUGAUUUUAACCAUACAUAUUGUCCAUGAAGUGUAAUUUCUUUACCUAAUAACGUUUUAGACAAUAGACAAUAGGUGCAGGAGUAGGCCGUUCGGCCCUUCGAGCCAGCCCUGGGGUUUUGUGAAACUGUGACACCACCGGCUGUUUUUUUUUUAAAUAAAUCAUUUACUAUCAACAACCAUGCCGUCAAAGAAACGCAAGCGAGACAAUGAGCGUACGUACAGUAGCAAAUGGGAAGAGAUAUUUGUGUGGGUCCAAAAGGCUGCUGAUGGAUCGGAGGCAGCUUAUUGUACAUUGUGUGACUGCAAUAUUGUGCCAAGAAUUUGCAACCUCUCAAAGCAUCACAACACGGAGAAGCACAAGCUGAAAACUCCAUUGCAAGACCAGACGCAAUUUGAUGUAAAAAAAACUCGUCGCCAAGAUUACGAUAAAGUUAAGACAGACCCUGCAGCCUCCGCUGGUAAACAAGUCCGAGGCCCGCCCGCCACACAGUCCGCAGCUCAGAGAAGUUUGAAAGAGGUGAUGCAGAACGCUGCGAAGGAGUUCCUGGCCUUUGUGGAUGAAGGAGUAUCCCCCUAUCACGUUAUUGAAGCCUGCAAGCGGCGUCUGCGGACUGCUGGUUUCCAGGAGCUGAAGGAGACCGAUCACUGGGAUGUGGAACCUGCCAGCAAGUACUAUAUGACCAGGAACUACUCGACUAUAAUCGCCUUUGCCGUGGGAGGCAAGUACAAGGCAGGCAAUGGGUUCAGCAUGGUUGGAGCACACACGGACAGUCCUUGUUUACGGGUGAAGGUCAGGUCCAAGAAGAUACACGCGGGCUACCUCCAGGUGGGGGUGGAAUGUUACGGCGGUGGCAUCUGGAACACCUGGUUUGACCGGGACCUCACCGUGGCUGGCAGGGUUUUGGUGAAGACGGCCUCAGGUGUGGAGCAACACCUGGUCCACGUGCGUGACCCCAUCCUUCGCAUCCCACACCUGGCCAUCCACCUGCAGCGAGAAAUGAACGACAGCUUCGGACCCAACAAGGAGACUCACCUGGUGCCGAUCCUUGCCACAGCUGUACAAGAACAGCUGGAGACGGGAGUAAAGUCGAGCGGUAAUGCCUGUGAGGCCACUCAAAUGGUAACGUACCCUGUCCGCAAAGCAAGUUCAACAAUAGACUCGUUCUCUGUAGAUUAAUAGCCCCUGUCCCACGGUACGAGAUCAUUCCAAGAGUUCUCCCGAGUUAAAAAAAAAAUCAAAACUCGUGGUAAGCACGGAGAAUGUAUGUAGCGGGUACGUCGGAGCUCGG